AGCCCUGCCCGUCCCCCGCCAUUUCGCACCGGGACGGGAAGGGACGGGACGCGACGCCAGGCGGAGAGGGAAGGGAAAGGAGAGAAAAGGAAGGGACGCGACGCGACCCGGGCACGGUGGGUGCCGGGAGCUCCCGUGGCACGGCCAGCCAGGGAGGGAGCUGCUUCCCGGUAAUAGUAGAGGAUCCUGACGCUGAAUGAGAAGGCACCGGCAGCAUCCUCGUUAGUGGGAGCCCAGCUCUGCUUAAUGUUGGUUUCUUUGUCAUCAGGUCUGCUAAAAAAUGACAGAGUAUAAACUUGUGGUGGUUGGAGCUGGUGGUGUAGGCAAGAGCGCCUUGACAAUACAGCUAAUCCAGAAUCACUUUGUGGAUGAAUAUGACCCCACAAUAGAGGAUUCCUACAGGAAGCAAGUAGUAAUUGAUGGAGAAACCUGUCUCUUGGAUAUUCUUGAUACAGCAGGUCAAGAAGAGUACAGUGCAAUGAGGGACCAAUAUAUGAGAACAGGGGAAGGCUUUCUGUGUGUGUUUGCCAUAAACAAUACAAAGUCUUUUGAAGAUAUUCACCAUUAUAGGGAACAAAUAAAGAGAGUUAAAGACUCAGAAGAUGUCCCAAUGGUGCUAGUAGGAAACAAAUGUGAUUUGCCUUCCAGAACAGUAGACACAAAACAAGCUCAGGAUUUAGCAAGAAGUUACGGAAUUCCUUUCAUUGAAACAUCAGCAAAGACAAGACAGGGUGUUGAUGAUGCCUUCUACACAUUAGUUCGAGAAAUCAGAAAACACAAAGAGAAGAUGAGCAAAGACGGUAAAAAGAAGAAAAAGAAGACAAAGACAAAGUGUAUAAUUAUGUAAAUACAAUUUAUC